UUCAGGGGACGGUCCUCGACUCUUCCCGUGUAAGUGAUGACAGCGGCACGGCAAUGCGGAGGCCGUUCAUUCUUAUGAUACCGCAACCAAGCGUGGCUCACGGGGGGAUUUUAUCAGCGCAGCGCCAAGUCUAUCCGCCGCCGGCCGCUGCAACCGCAUUUUAAAGCGUCUAGACCUCCAUCGGCAGACAUCAGUAGCCGCCUGUCUCUGUUGUGGCCAGUGGGAAUGGUACUAGAGGGCAGCUCAGAGGCCCUGUGCCCCCCUCCCUCGCUGGAGCUCCGUCCGUCCUGCAACAAGGGCCAGCCUUCCCCCACCCUGGGCUCCAGCUCCCAGCCCCACAACGACAUCUACCAGACAGACAAGGAGCAGGUGAAGUACGGGGAGCUCAUCGUGCUGGGGUACAACGGGUCCUUAGCUAAUGGUGACAAAGGCCGCCGGAGAAGCCGUCUGGCUCUUUAUAAGAGACCGAAAGCCAACGGGGUCAAGCCAGAUAUCAUACACAACAUCUCCACUCCCUUGGUGUCUAAGGCUCUAAGCAACAAGAGCCAGCACAGCAUCUCCUACACGCUGUCCAGGAGUCACUCCGUGAUCGUGGAGUACACACAUGACAGCAACACAGACAUGUUUCAGAUCGGACGCUCCACAGAAAGCAUGAUCGACUUCGUGGUGACUGACACGUCGCCCGGCAGCCAGGGGGCCGCGGGGGAGGGGGGACAGUCGGCCCAGAGCACCAUCUCCCGCUACGCCUGCCGCAUCAUGUGCGAGCGCAGCCCCCCCUACACCACUCGCAUCUACGCCGCCGGCUUCGACUCCUCCAAGAACAUCUUCCUGGGGGAGAGGGCGGCCAAAUGGAGGACUUCCGACGGCUUGAUGGACGGCCUGACCACCAACGGGGUGCUGGUGAUGCAUCCGGCUGGGGAGUUCGUCAGCGAGCCGGCGCCGGGCGUGUGGAGGGAGAUCUCGGUGUGUGGGAACGUGUUUGCCCUGAGGGAAACGCGAUCAGCCCAGCAGAGAGGAAAGCUGGUGGAGAACGAGUCGAACACCCUGCAGGAUGGCUCCCUGAUAGACCUGUGUGGGGCCACCCUGCUGUGGCGCACCCCUGGGGGGCUGAGCCGCACCCCCAACCUGAAGCAGCUGGAGUCACUGCGGCAGGAGCUGAACGCGGCACGCCCCCAGUGCCCCGUGGGCUUCAACACGCUAGCCUUCCCCAGCCUGGCCCAGCGCGAGAUCGUCGACAAGAAGCAGCCCUGGGUCUACGUCAACUGCGGCCACGUGCACGGCUACCACAACUGGGGCUUUCGCAAGGAGAAGGCGGGGGGCGGCUCGCUGGCGGCCUCCGGGGACCGCGAGUGCCCCAUGUGCCGGCGGGUGGGGCCCUACGUGCCGCUGUGGCUGGGCUGCGAGGGCGGCCUGUACCUGGACGCAGGCCCCCCCACGCACGCCUUCUGCCCCUGCGGCCAUGUGUGCUCAGAAAAGACAGUGCGGGGCUGGAGCCAGAUUCCGCUGCCUCACGGCACCCACGCCUUCCACACCGCCUGCCCCUUCUGCGGCACCUGGCUCACUGGCGAGCAGGGCCACUGCAAACUCAUCUUCCAGGGCCCCCUCGACUGAGCGGCCCGGGGCAGGGCGGGGG